ACGGACACCGUAGUUCAGCAGGAAGCUGUUUUUGAAGCUGUUUUGCGGGAGCGUCGUGUUUACAGCCCGGAGCCCUGAAGAACUGGCCUGGUUUAACCCGGGAUAAGUCUUCUAAACCCGGGUUAAAUAUUAAAGCUGCGGUGUUCCGGACAUGGACUCUCUGCAGCGGUUCCUGGACCAGCUCAAACCUGGCGGGGAAGCCGAGUCCGUCUGGUUAAAGGAGAUCUUCACCUUCAUCACUGAACACCUACAUCCUCUACUCUCUGGCCCCGCCCCCUCAGGAGGGAGUGUGUGUUCAGAUCAGCUGAGUGUGUGUGUGCUGAAGAGCAUACAGGAGAACAUGGCGGCCACACACACCUUACCUGUGAGCUACAGGCUGGUCUCCGUCUCCGAGCUGCUCUCCAAGCAGCACCUGGCCUGCGUCAGUAACCUGUCCUGGAGCACCAAUCAGCAGCGAGCGUGGGAGAAGGAGGCAGAGCUCGCAGUUCCUGGUUACAAGACUCUGCCGCGGGUCAACCUGCUGCUGAUUGGCUAUUUGAGAGAGGAGAGGGGCGGAGCCUGGAUGCUGACAGACCGCAGCGGCAGAGUCAGGUGUGAGUGCCUGUCUCCCUCUCCUCUGUGGCUGAAUCGUCCUGUCUUCCUCCCUCACUGGAACUACAUCCCCCACAAUGCCUUGGGGCGGGACACAGAAGAAGCUGGAGGCUGUGUGGAGCUGAUUGGUUCUCCCGUUCUGCUGUGUCCUGGUCCUGAGCUGGGAUUGGCUGUUGGUCCUGGUGAAGGGGCGGAGCUUAGAGGAGUAGUUGGAGUGAGACAGGCUGCAGACGCACUCCAGAACAGGACUCGUGGACAGCGCGUCUCAGUCUGGGGUACGGUGGGCUCACUCUGCCCUCUGCUGGUGGUUUCAGGAACGACGUUCUUCUGCUUCUCGCUGACGGACGACUCUCACAGUCUACCUGUGCUCGUCAAGGACAGCAGCAAGCUGUGGUGGACUCAGUGUGUGUGUGUUGGUCAGAGUGUGUGUGUGACGGCGCUGCGCGUGUGUGUCCUACGAGGCUGGAGCGGAAACAACAUCCUGUGUGCGACUGAACAGUCUGAAAUACACACAAACUACACACACACACAAGAACACACACACUCUGACACGCAGUUGGACACGUCAACACCACGGAUGAUGUCACAUGAUGAGGACGUUCAUGAAAGCUGUGAGGAGGCGGAGCCUGAGAGGCACAUCCUCCAAUCAGGCGUCAGGAUGAAGCAGUCCAGAGUCAUCAGUUACCAGGGCACUGUGACUAAAGUGGUGAGUGAAGGGGCGGGGCUUUAUGUGGUUGACGGCAAGGUUGGCCUCUGCCUGGCCUAUCAGCCGAAUCUGAGGAGGAAACUGAGAGCAGGAGACUCUGUUGAGCUCCAUCACGUCCACUUCCUGUAUCGGCCCUGUCCUGAUUUUCCUCCCAGCAUGCUUUGCACCUGUCUUCGUUCCAGCCUCAAGGUCACCUCCUUCAGCAGGGUGGGGGGGUCAAUUCCUGACUCCAGUUGCCCUGGAGAUGGAGUGUUACUGCGUUUACUACUGGAAAGCAACAUGGGUGUGUCGGAGUACCUGUGGACCUGUCACCUGAGCUCACAGCUCUCACACAGUCUCCUUCCCAGUGUGUUGAAGCAGCAGUGUGUCUGCGCGUUGUCCUGGAAGUUGAUGGAGGAUGUACUGAAACCAGAAGGCCGAGGAAGGAGGGACAUUUACUCCGAGAUGUUAGACGAGUCUCACACCUGUCCUGUGACACAGUACAGUGUUGACCCUUCAGUGCACCAGUACAUCAGUGUAUCGGAGCUCUGUCAGUCCCUUCAGUCAGAGUGCUGGUCUUCUGUGUCUCUGAGCUCACUGCUGCCCCCUGGUGGAUCAAGUUUGUCUAGCUCUCAGAUUAACUCGGCGCUGGCCUGGUCUUGCAGGAGCCUGACCUCUGACCCCCAGAAAAGCCACCAGAGUAGAGACGAGCUCAGGCAGCGCCCCCUGCUGGUGGUGGGUGUGUUAGAGCUUCCAUCACAGCAGUCUGAACACAGUCUGCAGCUCAGAGACAGGACAGGGGGUGUGGCUUGUGUUGUCACUGAAGCCAGCCAGGAAGAGGACGGGCGUCAGACAGCAGUGUUUAACACGGCCUGGAUAGGUAGUCUUGUGUGUGUCAACCAGUUCACCAUGGUAACAGAGAGAUUCAUCCAAUCAGAAUUCCCCUCCUACCAACACCUGGACCAGGACAAGUUUAUCACUCACAGACACUACAGAGGGUACCUGCAGUUUUCUCUGGAUCACCUUCACAUCCUGAGUCCGUCUGUUGCCAUGGAAACACACCUGCGACAGAGAAGGGAGGAGUCAGCACAUGACGUCAUGAUGAGGAAACAGACAGUAGAAGAAGAAGAGGAGGAUGGGGUAACAGGGAAGAAGAGAAGAAGAGACGAAGCAGCAGACCACUCCCACUCUGCCUCCACCUCUGUAACCAUGACAACGGGCAACAGCUCACGACCCUGUGUCUCUAUGGUGAUAAGGGUGGAGCAAAAGGAGGGUGUGGCCUGGAGGAACAUGGGGGUGGAGUUAAAGAGUGGGGAGGCGGGGUUGACACCUUGCUUCUCUGUCAGAGCUGCUGUGAUUGGUCCUGUGACCAGCUGGGGGAGGGACCCAAAGAACGGACCAACAACAGACAGCGAGGCAGACGCAGAGAGGGAGGACAAGGUGGUGCUGGUGUUCUCAGGUGUGUCUGCUCGCUGGUUUCCUCUCCUUCAUCCCCGAUGUUUCUACAGACUCAUCGCCCCAAACACACAGGAUCACAGUGUUUUCAUUAGUGCUGGAGUUUCUGGGCGGAGCCAAGUGCAGCUCCACACUGACUCCACCUUUCAAGUCCAAACUGAUUGGAGGUUCCACACUCUGACACGCCAACUGCUGCACACCUACAGACAGGCUGUCUCGCCCGUCCUGUCUGUCUCUGAUGUCAUAGACUGCAGCUCAGAGUUGGUGUCUUUUCAGGCUCUGGUGUGUGACAGGAUCAGCCUCGAUGAGCGGGAGAGUGGCUCUGGACACACACACACAGGUGCGCGACUCACAGUGUGUGACAAAGCUGGCUCGAGUCUCCAGGUGUACCUGGACUUGAGCCACACCCCUUAUCCACCGGGCCUGUUGCCAGGCAACACACUGCUACUGUCUGAUUUUCAGAGGAGAGUGUCCAGGUCAGGAGGUGUGUACUGCAGGUAUCUACCUGUAAGUUCAGUGACUGUGAUCAGACUGGGAGAGACGAGUACGACCCAGCCUCCUCCAGCUCCCAUGAUGCACCUGGGUGUGUGGGCAGCAAGCGGGCAGCAGAGGUGCAUUAUGGGUCAGAUCAAAGGUCAUGUGGUGUGUUUCCUGUUCCUGCAGCUGCAGUGGAGCUGUUCUACCUGUGGGAGUGUCUACACACAGUCUUGUAGCAGCUCUCAGUGUCGCUCGACCUCAUCAGUCUUUGAGUCCAGGGCUAAGCUGGUGAUCGAUGACGGGACAGGUGAGGCGCACGUCGGGUUCUCAGGUGUUCUGGUUCGUCCUCUGCUGGGAUUAGCCGAUUCUCAGUGGGAGGGGCUUCAGAGGGCACUCAGGGUCAGAGGUCACAUCAGAGUCUACCCAAGGGGGCGGAGCCUGGUGUGUGACUCUGAUGACUCUCUCCUACUCUACCUGCUGUGUGUGUGCAGCAGUGAUGUCGUGUGUUAUCAGCUCUCUCUCACCUGCAGGAAAAACACCAACCAGAGAGCAGAAGAGACAAAGAGAUUCAGCAGAGGAGACCGAGACUUCAUCACCAGGAUGACUCCGCCUCUACAGCUCACCUGUCUGCAAAUUCACUAAGGCACAGAGCUCAACAUUGCUCAGACUGACCUAACCUGUACACACUGACCAACAGAGAGGAAGUCAACAGCAGGAAGAGGUGGAGCCAGCUCACCAUUUUUUCAUGUCAGUUUGAUGUUUAUAUUUUAGUUAUUAAAUACGUUUUUAAGUUAUUAAAACAUCAAACUCAAAAGUCUUAGAGUUGAAAUGUUACUUUCAGGAAGAAAUUAAAAUAAAAUGUAUUUACAUUUUGUUAUAAAAUGUUAUAAUAUAUCUAUGUCCUAUCUGCUGUGUGGCGUCAUAAUAAUGAAGAAUCAGCAGGGGGCGUUUCAGCUCUUUAACUAUUUUCUGCUGUUUAACAUGAUCAUUGACUUUGCCUAGCAACAGAUGACCAUGUGUGUUACUGGAGUUUAAUUGGCUGAUAGGCCUGUUUAUAUAUUUUUCCAUCUGUUUAUUAUCAGAAAAAAUAUUCUGAUUAAUUAAAAACUUAAUAUAUUUUCACUUUGUUUUCCUGUAUGAUGAUGUCAUCACAGAUACAAGAUACAAUCAGAAUACUAAAACUGUUUUAUUUAUUUUUAAAGAAGACGAGCCUGCACACUUAGUCAACACGACAAAAAGUGACUUUAAAACAUUUUGUGGCGUGGAAUAAGAGCUGGCUCGUCUUCUUUUUCUUGUUGUUUUUUACUAAACCCAACAGGUACAAUGAUGUCAUCAGGGUCAGACCAUUAAGUAAAUAAAAAGGAUUGUUUUUCAAACAUGUAGACCCCCAUUUAAUGUAAAUACAUGUUUAUAUCUUCAAUUCUUAUUAAGUAAAGAAUCCACAAGUGUUUACAAAUGAAGUUAAAAAAAAGAA